AUGUCGAAAGACGUAAUCGAACUGCGCGCAACCAGCGCGAAUACGGGAACUCUUAUAUCGAAAUCUGAUGAUACCCUCCGAUUUGCUCAUGAUGAUAAUACCUUGCGGCGUCUUGGUAAGCGCCCGCUUCUCGAUCGGAGCUUUGGGUUCAUGUCUAGCCUAGGACUAUCCUGUUCAGUCCUAGUUUCGUGGGAGGGCAUUCUAUUCACAUCGGUCCCUACCUUCCUCAAUGUCGGUCCUGGCGGAGUUGUCUGGGCGUUUCUAGUUGGCUGGGUGGGAAUCACUUCGGUGUAUAUCGUUAUUGCGGAGCUUGCUUCGAUGGCUCCCACUGCCGGCGGUCAAUACCAUUGGGUCGCUAUGAUGGCGCCAGAGUCAUGUGCCAAUUUUCUCACCUAUCUUACGGCUUGGCUGACAACUCUGGCCUGGCAGGCCAUAGCCAUCACAACUAGCUUCUCGAUAGCGACACUUAUUCAAGGCAUUGUUGUCUUAUCUAUCCCAUCGUAUGAUCCUCGUUCAUGGCAUACGGUACUCAUAAUGUUUGCUGUGGCGCUAUUCUCGGUUCUUAUUAACUCGACAACUGGCCGCAUACUUGCAAAAUUCGAAGGGCUUUUCCUGGUCUUGCACUUGCUAGGCUUCUUCGGGGUAUUAAUACCUUUGGUCUACUUUGCACCGCAUAAUGACCCUUCUGAAGUUUUCACUGUCUUCAGUAACAAUGGCAAUUGGCCAACACAAGCGCUAGCGUUUUUUGUUGGCCUUCCUACGAUAGCCGGUACACUUACUGGUGCCGACUGCGCUGUACAUAUGUCUGAAGAAGUACGCUCAGCCAACACUGUGGUGCCACAGUCGUUGAUCUAUACAAUCACUAUUAACGGGUCCCUCGCAUUCGCCAUGAUAAUUGCGUUACUAUUUUGCCUUAGCGAUGCGCCGGCUGCCGCCGCCGCCGCAGAUACUCUGUAUUACCCGUUUCUUCAAAUAUUUGAAUCAGCUGUCAAGUCUACUACUGGCGCUUGUCUAAUGGCUGGUGUGAUACUGGUGAUAGUCAUUAUGAGUAGCAUCAGUGCCUAUGCAUCAGCUUCCCGGAUGAUAUGGUCAUUUGCUCGAGAUAAGGGGCUCCCAUUUGAUAGAAUCUUGGUCAAGCUUAACAGCAAUGCCUUGCCAAUAUACGCCAUCCUUAGUACGAUGGGUUUCACAACGUUACUUUCAUUGAUUGUUCUUGGAUCUUCAGCUGUCCUAUCAACGUUGCUCUCAUUACUAGUUACAACAUUACAUUCCUCGUAUCUCCUUGCAUGCGGGCUACUACUUUGGCACCGUUUCACAGGCGGUAUAAAGCCAUACAUAGAGGCUUCCGAUGUCAUUCACACAGAUAAUCUAUUUUGGGGCCCUUGGAAGGUCCCUGAGCCUUUUGGGAUUAUCAACAAUGUUUUCGCUUGUCUUUACAUGAUGCUUCUGCUUUUUUGGUCGUUCUGGCCCCAGGUAAACUCUCCUACCCCUGGAGAGGUCAAUUGGAGCGUUCUAGUUUACGGCACCGUUAUUCUGUUUAGUGUUAUUUGGUAUGUUCUUAAGGCUAGGCGACAUUUCAAAGGGCCUGUCAGAGAGACUUAGAAAGGAGCAGGCAACAAAACACUAUGACUUUUGCUAAGUCUACCUAUUAUGAAGAGCUCUGUUUAUUACACAAAUCGCCCUCUUUCGCGUUACCACAAGGCUAAAUCCAGUUUAGAUAGACCUCUAAUCAAGGGUAAACUAUUAUUAGGCAGCACAGGUACUGUUGCUAACCCG